UGUCUGUUUGCAGAAUGAGCGGCUCGCGGGCCUCCCCUGCUGAGCUGUGACAGUGGGGCAAGAAGAUUUUCCAACUUGUGAGAGGAAUGUAACUCCAUUUUAUCCACGCACUGUCUUUGGACCCAACAUAUCCGCUCUGUCACACAUGGAAACUGAUGGAUUUGUGCGGAAGCGGCGGAUGACAGCGGAGUCUCCCGGCUCUGACCCCGGAGUGGCUGGAGCCUCCGCGGGGGCAGAAGUGCGUUGGCUCGGAGGCAGGUUUUGGGGAGUUUCCGAAAGUAUUGUUGGGUCUCUGGCACCCCGAAUCGGUGGGGAGACUGAAAUCCAGACUGUUGAUCAGACUGUAAUCCGUGUUGCGACAGAACAAACCGAGGAGCAUGAGCCUGACUAUGAGGGGCUGCCACAGGGCGCUUCCACACGGACUCACAUGCUGGCUGGAGCCGUGGCAGGGAUCAUGGAGCAUUGCCUCAUGUUUCCUGUGGACUGUGUCAAGACACGCAUGCAGAGCCUUCAGCCUGAACCAGCUGCUCGAUAUCGAAAUGUGAUGGACGCUCUUCGGCGGAUUAUAGCCACAGAGGGACUGUGGCGGCCAAUGAGGGGGCUAAAUGCAACAGCUAUAGGAGCAGGGCCUGCCCAUGCUCUAUACUUUGCCAGCUACGAAAAACUCAAACGGACUCUCAGUGAUGUCAUACACCCAGGAGCUAACAGUCAUUUGGCUAAUGGAGCUGCUGGGUGCGUGGCCACACUCCUUCAUGACGCUAUAAUGAAUCCUGCUGAAGUUGUGAAGCAGCGCAUGCAGAUGUACAACUCUCCAUACCGGGGCGUGUUGGACUGUAUUGGUGCUGUGUGGCAGAAAGAGGGCGCUGCUGCGUUCUACCGCAGUUACACUACUCAGCUCACCAUGAAUGUGCCCUUCCAGGCUUUCCACUUCAUGACAUACGAGUACCUCCAGGAGCGCCUCAACCCCCACAGACAGUACAACCCUUCCUCUCACAUGCUGUCCGGGGCACUGGCAGGUGCCAUCGCAGCUGCAGUGACCACCCCUCUAGAUGUGUGCAAGACUCUGCUCAACACACAGGAGUCCUUGGCCGUCAGCUCCAUGUCCGCUGGCCAAGGCCCCGGUCAAGGCCAAGGUGCCCACAGACACAUCUCAGGCUUAGCCCAUGCUUUCCGGACGGUCUAUAGGCUGGGCGGCCUGAAGGGCUUCUUUAAGGGUGUACAGGCAAGAGUCAUUUAUCAAAUGCCCUCAACAGCGAUCAGCUGGUCAGUUUAUGAGUUCUUCAAGUAUGGACUCACUAAACAUCAGCAUAACAAGAGGAGAACACAGACACAUCUGGAGGCGGAGAUGUAAACCAAUUUCUGUCACCACACUCAAACUAAUAUGUGUAAUCUGCGUUAGCUGUUUUUCCUCUCUCAGGUAAAGCCAAUGACAUGUUAGGCACCACAGUUUCACAUAAACCAGAAUAAACCAGAGUUUUUUGUUGGCCCCAUUUGCACAGUAUUAGUUUUUUGGUGUCUAUAAGCCAUUCUAAAUGCUAAUAUCGCACAUUUGUUCAAACUGUGAAUAAAUGUCAAAAACGCACAAGCUUAAAGUUGUAUAUGAUUCCAGCAGAGGGCAGUAAUAGACUAUACUAGUGUAUUGACUUUGCUGUCAGAGUUGAACAUUCAGACUUAUUUUGUGGUAAAUAUAAAACUUAGAGAAAUCCAAA